AAAUAUGUAAUUGAUGUUUUAUGGAAUCUUUCGUAGCGUGCGUGCUUUCUCAUCUAAUCAGGCCCAUUAAUAGGCCCAUUAUCAUCACUAUUAGUAAUGGGCCACCAAACUCCGUUAGUGUGAGAGAGAAUUUGGCGACGACUCAAAUGAGACGACUAUGGUUGACCUGUGGAGUCUUGAGUCUCCUCCCUAGAUUACUUCACUCGAGCUCGAUCCUUAGACCAACUUCGUCUUCCUCGAGAGCUUCUCUGAUCUCCGCCACCUCCUUGGUCGCUUCUUCUUCGUCUACUCUCUCUUCUCCUACGAGGACUUCUCGCUUGACAACCGUAUCAUCCAUGGCUUCUAAAGACGAAGGAGCUGUUUUCAAUUUGUCAGAUUCUAGCCUUCUUAAGAUACUUAAAGGAGACAUCACCAAGUGGUCCGUUGAUUCCUCCUCCGAUGCUAUUGUCACUCCAGCAAAUGAACGUAUGUUAGGUGGUGGUGGUGCUGAUGGAGCAAUACAUAGAGCUGCUGGGCCACAACUCAGAGCUGCAUGCUAUGAGGUUCCUGAAGUUCGUCCUGGAGUCCGUUGUCCAACCGGAGAAGCAAGAGUUACUCCGGGUUUUAACUUGCCUGCAUCGCGUGUGAUUCACACUGUUGGACCGAUCUAUGACUCUGAUGUCAACCCUCAAGAAUCCCUCACAAAUGCUUACAAAAAUAGUCUGAGAGUUGCAAAGGAAAACAACAUCAAAUACAUUGCAUUUCCUGCCAUAUCUUGUGGGAUUUACGGAUAUCCUUUUGAUGAAGCUGCUGCGAUCGGUAUAUCAACCAUCAAACAGUUCUCUAAUGACUUUAAAGAGGUACAUUUUGUUUUGUUCGCUGACGAUAUAUUCAGUGUGUGGGUAAACAAAGCAAAGGAGGUGCUACAAAAAGCCUAAGAUUCCACCAGCGGCCUAAUAUACGCCCAAAUAAUCCCCAAACCAUCACACAUUAAAAUUAAGCAUUUGUGCCUUGUGAUUGUUCGAUACAUUUAGAUUUUGUAAUAAAGAAAAUUUUGGGGUUUUUGUUAAGGAUUCAUGAGUUCUUAAUAAGAAACUCAUCUUACAUAUGUCACUUAGGGGGGUGUAUUGAAACAUGGAUUUUUGAAAAUCUCUCUAGUUACAUUGAUCGUAAAAGCAAAUUUCUACA